AUGAUCUUAGAAGGCUUGCGAGUCACUGAUUCUGAGUUUUGGGAAAAAGAAUUGGGAUGCCUCUUGGUAACUGAUAUCCUGAACGUACGGAUGGCGAUGGACAAAUGGAAGGACACAGAUUAUGAAAGGAACAGAGGAAAAACGAUGGAUAUGUCCACCCUCCUGCGAAUUGGCUCGGAAGCUGAAGUCAGCACUUGGGAAGUGGAACAUUCGUAG